AUGGAGUAUCUCACUAGAGUUCUUCUGCAGUUGGUCAAUAAUCCCAGGUUCCAUUAUCACUCAAAAUGCAAAAAGUUGAAGCUUAUAAGCCUUACCUUUGUUGAUGAUCUGUUGCUGUUCUCAAGAGGAGACAAAGAUUCUGUGGACCUGCUUCUUGCUCAAAUGGCUUAUUUCUCCAGAUCCACAGGUUUGUGCGUGAAUCGUAAUAAAUGUUUCAUUUAUACUGGUGGUGUGAGUGAUAGGGAUAAGGAGACUUUUAGAAACCUCACAAAAUUUAUAGAGGGUGAGCUUCCAUUUAGAUACCUUGGUGUUCCCCUAACUAGCAAAAAGCUAGCCAUCAAACACUGCUUGGUUUUGAUUGAUAAAAUUAUUCAUAAAGUCACUCAUUGGAACUCCAAACUGUUGACAUAUGCUGGAAGAGUGCAGUUAAUCAAGAGUGUAGUCUUUUCUGUUGUGAAUUUCUGGAUGCAAGUGUUGCGACUGCCCAAAGUUGUUCUUCACCAUAUUGAUUCUAUCUGUCGAAGCUUCUUGUCGACAGGAGGAAAGGAUGUAUCAAGCAAAUCUCCCAUAGCCUGGAAUUUUUUUUGCAGACCCAUGGCAUAUGGUGGUAUGAAUAUAAUGGAUCUUGAAUGCUGGAACAAAGUUUGUAUGCUAAAACUGGUGUGGAAUGUUCACAAGAAGGCUGAUUCCUUGUGGAUUAAAUGGAUACAUGAAUACUAUCUAAAACAUUUUGAUUUUUUGCAUAUGCAGGUAAAGGAUAGUCAGUCUUGGAUGAUGAAACACUUGCUUCACUCUAGACUGCUCUAUCAGGAAAUGCAUAUUCAUUUGACUGGCACUGGAGGGAACUUUCAGUCCAAGAAAGUGUACAAUGCCCUUAAAGUUAAUGAAGAGAAACCAGUGUGGAGGCACCUCAUGUUUGGCAACUAUGCUAGGCCUCGAGCAGUCUUUAUCCUCUGGCUAGUGUGUAAUGGAAGAUUGGCUACUAAGGAGAGAUUGAAGAAGUUUGGAAUGAUCAGUGAUGACUGUUGUGCUUUUUGUUUGGAAAAAGAAACUACCAACCAUCUGUUUUUCUACUGUGCUGGUUUGAAGGAAGUGUGGGUGAAGGUUCUAAAGUGGAUCCAUGUUAAUCAUACUCCUCUGCCAUGGGAUAGUGAAUUGGAUUGGAUAAUUAGGAAUCGUAAGGGGAAGAGUUGGAGAGCAAGCUUAAUUAAAUGUGCUGUUACUGAAUCUAUCUACACCAUAUGGAGAAUGCAAAAUGACAAGGUGUUUGGACAUGCUAGUUAUAGUGGAAACAUAGAAAAAGAUAUCAUAGAUAGUUUAGUCUAUAAAUCAUGGAAUGUUAAGAAAUAUAGGAAUUACAUAGCAAGCCUUAUGGUAUAG